AUCUCUGUAUACAUUCAAAUCAGUCAGAUUAUGCUACUUGUAUGUAUAGAUUGCUCUUUGCCGUGACACUCGUUAAUCGUAAACUCUUAAGAACAUUGAGUCAACUUAGAAUUAACGAUUGACAUCUUCCUGGUUUCAUUUAAUAUGUGCCAAUCUUUAUGGACACCUUUAUGGAAGAAAUGGAAGAAAUGCGAAAGAGAGAAGAUCAAAGACCGAUGUCCUUCUGUUGACAGAGUAAUGGUGGAAGAGGAUAAUGUUGAUUUUUUCUACCAAUUUGCGAGGGACAGCAGUAGCAAAGAUACGGAGUAUAUCAGAAAGAAUAGCUCUAACAAACUAAUUUUAAAAGAUACUUCUAAGAAUUUAAUUGGAAAUCCUACCACAAAUCAAAAUAAUAAUAAAUUUUCGAAAUCAUUUGUUAUGGCAUCUAGUGGUUUCGAAAUUUCAACAACAUGGCAGAAACAAGUGCACAUAUUAUCCCCAUGUGAUAAAUUACAAGAUGACAGGAAUAUAUUUUACAAUUACAUUGGUGCGUAUGACUUAAUAAAUAAGAUAUUAUUCAAACUAAAAAAAUACGCUUAUGUUCAGAAGAGAUUGUAAAUAAAUUUUCUAUUUUGAAGAUCUUGAGUUCGAUGAAGCUGUAUAUCCAAUAAGGGUAUCUGUAUAUGAAUUACAUAAUCCUGGGUAUGUAAUUCAAAUUUGGGCUCAAGAUUCUCAAGAUAAUCGAUGGAUUGUAUUAUGGACUGGUCAACGUCAGCUUUUUCCUUCAUGUGCGGCACGGCUAUUUUCCCCACCUUUGCAGUCUU